GUUUCUAGGGUUUCCAUAACAAAGGAACAGAGCAGCAGCAGCAGCCAUGGUUCUCAAGACGGAGCUUUGCCGAUUUAGUGGUGCCAAGAUAUACCCUGGGAAAGGCAUCAGAUUUGUUCGUGGAGAUUCGCAGGUUUUCCUCUUUUCCAAUUCGAAAUGCAAGAGGUACUUCCACAACCGUUUGAAGCCUUCAAAACUUACAUGGACAGCCAUGUAUAGGAAGCAGCAUAAGAAGGAUAUUGCCCAAGAGGCCGUGAAGAAGAGAAGACGUGCAGCCAAGAAGCCUUACUCCCGAUCCAUUGUUGGUGCCACCUUAGAGGUUAUCCAGAAGAAGAGAAGUGAGAAACCCGAAGUCCGUGAUGCUGCCAGGGAAGCUGCUCUCCGAGAAAUCAAGGAAAGAAUCAAGAAAACUAAGGAUGAAAAGAAGGCAAAGAAAGCAGAAGUAGCGGCAAAGCAACAAAAGACUCAGGGCAAGGGUAAUGUUCCAAAGGGUGGAGCACCGAAAGGCCCCAAGCUCGGUGGCGGUGGCGGAAAGCGUUAAGUUGUUAAAGUUAUUAUCUGUUUUUCCCUAGCCAGAAAAAAAUAGGGUUAGUAUGUUUAUUUUGAAGCCAAUUUUAUGGACUUAAUGGCAUUGAUGGCCAUGAUGUUUUUGCAUUUAUGCUUGAUCCUAUACUAUGAACCCAGUGUUGAAGUUUUGUGAUGAAGUGCUUUUAUGGAUUUUGAAUUUA